AUGACUAAAGUACCAUCAGUUAUUCAUUGGUUUAGAUUAGACCUACGUAUUCACGAUAAUCUAGCCCUCCGUAACGCAAUUAAUGAGGCAGAGAAUCGAAAACAUCAUUUAAAACCAAUAUAUUUCCUAGAUCCUGAUAUUAAAGAUAAAAUUGGAAUAAACAGACUGAGAUUUCUCAUACAAAGUUUACAAGAUUUAAACAGCAACUUGAAGAAGCUUAAUUCUAGAUUAUAUUGUAUACGAGGGAAUGCAAUAAAUUACCUACCAAAACUCUUUGAAGACUGGCAGGUUAAAUUUUUAACUUGUCAAGUUGAUAUUGAUCCAAUAUAUGUUGAGCAAGAAGAAGUAAUUGAGAAGAUAGCAGAAGAAAAAGAUAUUUUCAUUGUUAAGCGAGUACAACAUACUGUAUAUGAUUAUAAUAAUGUAUUAAAGAAAAAUAAUGGCAGCAUACCUAUGACAUACCAGAAAUUUCUUUCUCUGGUACAAGAUGUGCCUGUGAAAGAAUGUAUUGAAAUCACAAAACCAAUAUCAGAUGAUUGUAUAUCGAAAGAUGGAGACUUAAAGAAAUAUGAUGUUCCCACACUAGAGGAAUUUCAAAUAGAUGAAUCUAAUUUAGAGCCAUUAAAAUACCCAGGUGGUGAAACUGAAGGUGUAAAGAGGUUGCAUAUGUAUAUGGGUAGAAGAGAAUGGGUGUGUAAGUUUGAAAAGCCUAACUCAUCUCCUAACAGUAUUGAACCAAGCACAACAGUUUUAAGUCCAUACAUAAGCCAUGGUUGUCUGUCGGCUAAGUUAUUCUACCACAAACUAAAAGAAGCUGAAAAUGGAAUGCCUCAUUCUGAUCCACCGGUGUCUUUACUAGGACAACUGAUGUGGAGAGAGUUCUAUUACACAGCAGGAGCAGGAACUAAAAAUUUUGAUAAAAUGGUUGGCAAUCCAGUCUGUACCCAAAUACCCUGGGGCAAGAAUGAUGAGCACUUAAAGGCAUGGGCUGAAGGAAAGACGGGCUAUCCAUUUGUAGAUGCCAUCAUGCGACAACUGAAACAAGAAGGCUGGAUCCACCACCUAGCUCGACAUAUGGUGGCUUGCUUCCUUACUAGGGGUGAUUUGUGGAUAUCCUGGGAGGAAGGUGCAAAAGUAUUUGAAGGUUAUUUGCUAGAUUACGAUUGGUCAUUAAAUGCUGGUAAUUGGAUGUGGCUCUCAGCCUCUGCAUUUUUCUACAAAUUCUUUAGAGUUUAUAGUCCCAUUGCUUUUGGUAAAAAGACUGAUAAGGAAGGUUUGUACAUCAGAAAGUAUGUUCCUGAAUUGAAAAAGUAUCCCACAGCUUUUAUUUAUGAACCUUGGAAAGCACCCAAAUCAAUUCAAACUACAGCAGGUUGUGUUGUUGGUGUAGAUUAUCCAAAACGAAUUGUAGAUCAUGACAAGAUACACAAAGAAAACUGUACAAAGAUGUCUACAGCAUAUAAACUUAACAAAGAAAGAAAAGCUAUGAAAAGACCAUUUCCCAUAGAUUAG